AGAGGCUUAGAUGAUAUCCUCAAAGUACUUGAGAAACUUAAAAAGUCACAUUGUCAAAAUACACUUUUACGCUUUCAAUCUUUAGCAUUAAAAAAUUAUAUAGGUGAUGCUAAGAGUUCACCACAAAAACCUAUAGACAAAAAUUCAUGUAUCAUAAAUCUAGUGAAGCAUUAUAUACACCAUGAUCAUGAUGAUUCUGAUUAUGAUGAUCCGCCUUCACCAUCUCAUCAGGACAUUUUAGAUAUUCUCAAUUGA